AUGCUUAUCGAUGGCAGACGCUCAUUUGUCAUCAACCUGGUUGCACCUCAACUUGAACAUCUCACAAUAAUUAAUUGUUCAAUCGAUUACUUGAAUGCUCCACCAGGACUUUCAUCUUUGUGCUACACGGGUGAUCUUCCUCAACAAUUCUCCAAAGAUCGAUUUCAUUCUCUGAACAAAGUGUCGAUCUGUUGUUAUAUGUACAGGCCAUAUAAGGAGAAAGUUGCACGCAAGGCUAUUAAAAUGCUUCAAGAGCUCCAUAGUGCCAGAUAUCUCACACUUAAUGUGGACUUUGUUGAGUGUCUUUCCUCUCAUCCUGAUUUAUUAAUGCACCGUCCUUCACCUUUUAGCAACUUAAUCUGCUUGGCUAUAGACUCCAGCCUGAGGAUCAAUGAUGCAUACAAAGUAAAAAUGUCUACCGAAGCUAGAAACUUCUUUCUUGAGAACUCUCCAAACGCCACAUUCAUCAUGGAAUUACCCGAGCCACCACCUACAAAAACAAUGAAGCAGAAAGAAGCUAGGGCAAAAAAGGCCAAACGAGCUGCAGAGAUUGCAAGCCAUAUGACAGAAUUCCAAGCCUUAAUGUUAGAUCAUGAAAAUGUUGAGCGAAAGCAGGCUAAGGAAAAGGCUAAGGUACCCUUCGAGAAGGUUAUGGCAGAAAUGAAAGCUCAAGUAGGGAAGAUGCAUACUGAGACUGCAAAGAGACUUAUGGAAGAGUUUAAGAUCUGUGUGGAGGAGUUGCGGGUUCUUGUUAAGGAAGAAAAAGCAGAAAUUAACGCCAUCAUUUCAAAGGAAGCCCUAAUCAGAUCAUUACUGGAAAAUAUGCCUAAGAGAGAGAGGACAGUGGUUGAAACAUGCUACUCUCAACAGCUUGUGGAAACAGAAGCACUACAUGUUCGUCUAGCCUCGGAGUUUGUGGCUUCAGAAGGAAUCUUUUUUCGUGAAAAACUCCUGACUUGUAUCUUAGAACACCUCGCAUCAUCUUCCUCCACAACAACAAGGGGUGUUGUGGUAUCUUUUGGUUUUGCAGGUAUAAUUUGUACGCGGGUUGUUUAACCCGGAUCCGGGUUUGCCCCGGUGUAUUUAAUGUUGGUUUCUUCUCAUUUGCGUAGAUUAGAUGAUAAGUUUUACUCUCUCACUCAUAUUGUUCUCUCCAGUUUAGGGUUUGUAUUAGGGUUUCUGUU